AUGCAUGCAAAAUUCGCUUCUCUCGCCUGGUCCAGCUUGGGGCUGGCCUUGCUGGCAGGUUUCGCAUUUGUGGCCUGGUCCAUCUUGGUGCUGGCCUCGCUGGCAGGUUUCGCAUUUGUGGCCUGGUCCAGCUUGGGGCUGGCCUCGCUGGCAGAUUUCGCAUUUCUGGCCUGGCCCGUGUUGAUGUUGGCCUUCCUGGCACUUGUCGCAUUUUUGGCCUGGUCCAUGUUUGUGUUGGCAUUGCUGGCCUUGUUGGCUUUGUUGGCUUCCAGGUCCUGGACCACUGCCAGGUUUCUUCAUCCCUGUGUCUUCAUCCUCAGGCCCCAAGAGCUCCACUGA